GUAAAUAAUGUUUAUUUUGUAUGGAUGUACCUGUGAUGUAUGUGAAAGAUGCAGAGUUCAAAUAGUAUAAUGUUGAUGUUAUUUGUGUUACAAUUGCUAGCAGGCUAUGCAAGGUCUUUAGAAUGCAAAAGUCACGGUCGUCAAUGCUGCUCAAAUUACUACAAUGAGAAUGGUAGUUGUUCAGAGUGUCCGGCAGGAACGUUCGGUGACAACUGUAGCGCCACGUGUCAGGUUAAUUAUUUCGGUCGUUUCUGUAAGGAAGAGUGUCACUGUUCUUAUAGUCAAUACUGCGACUUAGUUAGUGGCUGUCUCAACAUCACAACUAACACGACCAAAAGGACAGGGACCCCUGUGUGGAAAAACGUCGCAAUUGCCUCUACUGGUUCCAUUAUCACAAUUGGAUUAGCUGCAGCAGGAGUUAUCUAUUUAAGAUUAAGAUUGCAAAAGUGUCAAGCGCUAUCGUCUUCUAGAUGUUCCUCAAAGAAUUCAAGAGAAGACAAUCUUGCUGAACAAAACCCAGAAGCAGCAGCUUUUGAACUAUGUCCAUUAAAAGGGGCGUCAGAAAACUUUCAUCAUCAGUACGAGAACUUAAGAAUAAUGAAAUCAAUGGAUACAAUUACAGAGAAUAUAAAUACAAUACGUAGUGAGAAUGAGGAACUUUCCAAUUACAAUAAUGUCGGUGGGAUUUAUGGACUAAUUUCCAAACGUCAGUUAAAAGAUGUAAGCUUCUCGAACACAACUAGUGAAGGAGGACUUCCAAUUAAUCAUGAACCAUCUCAAACGUCGUCCCAAUACAAUAUACUGUCUCUGAAGAGAAACAUAUAACCAUCCACGACAGAUGUAUACGUUUAAAAUGAUAUGGAAUUAAUCGGACACAGUAAUCUGAUAAGGCGUUUUGAAAUAGUUGGUACCAAACAUUCAAUACAAAACAAACCAAUCAAUAAAAAUCAGAGACACUUUACCUGUCAAGUUAGAAAGGCAGAGAAAAGUAACGUCAAGAAAACACUAUAUUACUAAUAUUGUAAAAACACAAAACGUGUCUUACUAUAAAAUAUCCAUAUGUUUUUUGUUAGUUUUUGAGGGUUUUUUAUGUUGUGUUGCUUGAUAAUUGUUAUUAACAAGUUCCUUCCAGAAACAAACAUUGUAAAACUAUUUUCUUCUGUAACAUAUUAUAAGUGAUUUGUUUUCUUCGGCCUUUAAAAGAUAUUAAUAUAUUGUCAAGAAUGUUGGCAGGGACACCGACAAUUUUUGAAAAUCGAAGAAUUUACUACAUUUGUUGAACAUGUAUUUUAAAAACAGUGUUACCUUCCAAAUUUAUCCUUAAUUAUAU